CCAAAUACUCCCUCAAGCUUUGGACAUCAUCUGGGCCUAACUGGUACCAUUGCCUUACCUGGAACCCCGAUGGACCACCUCUUUAGGAUGAAUUGGUCGGUUUUCCUCACCUUAUGCCUCUUUGCUCUGACUUUCCAAGAAACACUUCCAAAUCCUACCAUUACAGAUCUUUCCUACAAGAACAUGGACUUUGCGGUGAACUUCUACAGAAGAAUAUCCAGUUAUCAUGAUCAAAACAUCUUCUUCUCACCUCUGAGCAUCUCUACAAGUUUCAGCACUCUGCUUAUGGCCACUGGUGGUGUCACUCGUGAGGAAAUUCUAAACGGACUUAACUUGCAGGAACUUGAUAGAGCAAACCAGCCGGACAUCAUUCCACAAUUGUUUCAGCUCCUUCACGAAAACAUCACACAAAAUGGGUCCCUCAAGCUAGACCAGGCCAUGGCAAUGUUUGUAAGUGCUAAUUUGAACAUGGAGAAGACCUUUGAGGAGCAGAUGGAGAAAUAUUUUGAAGCCGAGAUCAAAACGGUGAACUUCUCCAAUACGAUACAGAGUGUGGCCUACAUAAAUAACUAUAUUAAGGACAAGACUAAGAAUAGAAUAAAAAACAUGAUUUCCGCUCUUGACACAGAGACCCAGCUCAUGCUUUUGAAUACGAUAUUCUUUAGAGGAGAUUGGAAGAGCCCCUUUGACCCCAAACACACCAAAACAGAAGCCUUCUACAUUGAUAAUUACAACAUGGUAAAUGUGCAGAUGAUGUAUAAGGAGGCCAGGUUCUUCAUGGGGAUUGACCGGUCGCUCGGUGCUAAAGUACUGAAGCUUCCUUAUGACCAUGGCGUUUCAAUGCUCAUCCUUUUGCCAAAUAAGGGAGUGGACUACACAGCUAUUGAUGAUGAGAUCAACGCACACAGGUUCCAAGGGUGGUUGCGAUCUAUGAGAGAAAUAAAAGUAGAAGUCCAUCUCCCAAAAUUCAAGAUGGAGGAGUCCUAUGAAUUGCAUAACCUUCUGCCUGAUAUGGGCAUUUCCACUCUGUUUAUGAAUACAGCCAACCUGACCAAUCUCCAAAAGGACAAAGCCCUGAAGGUGUCUGAGGUUUUGCACAAGGCUAUGAUUGACGUGGAUGAAACAGGGACCACUGCAGCAGCCGCCACAACAGUUGGCAUCAUUCCCUAUUCUUUACCCCCCUCAUUCAUAGCCAAUAGACCCUUCUUCUUCUUCAUAUACCAUGAAGACACUAAUGCUCUGUUGUUCAUGGGCAGACUGAUUGACCCUACAAAAAGCUAGACCAUUAAUGUCUUGACUUUUUUGUAGCAUAUAUUUUGAACUUGUGUUGUAAAGCUCAAAUGGAAUUCUUAAAUUGUUAAUAAAAUGCAAAGAAAUAAUAUUUCC